GCUGGUUGCCUCUAACAUUUACUAAAUGGUUUUGAAAAUUGCUGUAGCUUAGCCUGUGACGUUUGUGAUUAGCUGCACCAAUUUGAAAUGGCCAAUUUGGAUGAUGACAGAACCUCCUCUGCGCAUGCUUUUUUAAAAUUUGGUUCAAUUUAUGAGCCACUUAAAAGUAUUGAUCUUCCAAAACCAAAGGGGGAAAGUCUGUGGGAUAAAUUAGAUCACUAUUACAGAAUUGUUAAGUCAACGUUGCUGCUUCAUCAAAGUCCAACCACAGGUCUAUUUCCUACAAAGACAUAUGGCGAUAACCGAAGGGCAAAAGUACAUGACAGUCUUUACUGUGCUGCAUGUGCCUGGGCAUUAGCCCUUGCUUACAGGCGUAUUGAUGAUGACAAGGGAAGGACUCAUGAGCUGGAGCAUUCUGCUAUAAAGUGCAUGAGAGGGAUUCUGUACUGCUACAUGCGGCAGGCUGAUAAGGUUCAGCAAUUUAAGCAGGACCCCAAACCAUCUGGAUGUCUUCAUUCUGUUUUCAGUGCAAAUACUGGAGAUGAGGUCUUGUCUCAUAAAGAAUAUGGUCACCUUCAGAUAAAUGCUCUGUCAUUAUUUCUCCUCUAUUUGGUUGAGAUGAUCUCUUCGGGGCUGCAGAUUAUCUACAACACAGAUGAGGUGUCUUUCAUUCAGAAUCUUGUGUUUUGUGUGGAAAGAGCCUAUCGUGUACCAGAUUUUGGUGUCUGGGAAAGAGGAAGUAAAUACAACAAUGGCAGUCCAGAGCUGCAUUCAAGCUCUGUGGGACUGGCAAAAGCAGCUUUAGAAGCAAUUAAUGGUUUCAAUCUCUUUGGAAAUCAGGGCUGCUCUUGGUCUGUUAUAUUUGUGGAUUUUGAUGCCCAUAACCGUAACAGACAGACUCUCUGUUCAUUGCUACCCCGUGAAUCAAGGUCUCAUAAUACUGAUGCAGCUCUUUUGCCCUGUCUUAGCUAUCCUGCAUUUGCUUUGGAUGAUGAGGUUUUGUUCAGUCAAACACUAGAUAAAGUUAUUAGAAAAUUGAAAGGGAAAUAUGGGUUUAAAAGAUUUCUGAGAGAUGGCUACAGAACUGCACUGGAGGACAAAACACGACGUUAUUAUAAACCAGCAGAAAUUAAGCUCUUUGAUGGCAUUGAAUGUGAAUUUCCUCUGUUUUUUAUUUUCAUGAUAAUUGAUGGAGUGUUUAGAGGAAAUCCAGAACAAGUAAAGGAAUAUCAGGAUCUUCUGGAUCCUUUACUUCAGCAUACAUCUGAAGGGUGUCCUGUUGUACCCAAGUAUUACUACGUGCCAGCUGAUUUUGUGGAACUGGAAAAGAAGAACCCUGGCAGUCAGAAACGGUUUCCUAGUAACAGUGGACGCGAUGGGAAGUUUUUCUUGUGGGGACAGGCAGUUUACAUCAUUGCAAAACUCCUGGCUGACAAAUUAGUAAGCCCUAAAGAUAUUGACCCUAUUGGACGUUAUGUACCUCCACAAGAUCAGCGGAAUGUUAGCAUGAGAUUUUCCAAUCAG